AUGAUAGGCAUGUCUUCUGAUACUGCCAAGGAAAAUGCAUCUGUUGUUGAUUCGUCCUUGACUGAUUGGAAACAAGAUGUAGCAAACUCUGAUGAUCCAGAGAGUUCAAGUUACAGAAGCAAGGAGGAUCAUAAGCCGUGCAAAGUGGAAGCUGAUCCUGAUCAGCUUGAAAGUUCGAACGCAGACAAGAACAGUAAACCUGGGUAUAAAACGAGGUAUUUCAUCAUCAAGAGUCUGAACUACGAGAACAUUCAACUUUCGGUCGAGAGAGGGAUUUGGGCUACUCAAGUAAUGAAUGAGCCAAUACUGGAAGGUGCCUUUCAUAAUUCUGGUCGAGUGGUUUUGAUCUUCAGUGUGAACAUGAGCGGAUUUUUCCAAGGGUAUGCGCAGAUGCUGUCUCCUGUGGGUUGGAGACGAGACCAUAUAUGGAGCCAAGGAGGUGGUAAGAACAAUCCUUGGGGACGUAGUUUUAAAGUGAAAUGGUUGAGGUUGAGUGAAUUGCCUUUUCAGAAAACACUUCAUCUCAAGAACCCUUUGAAUGAUUACAAGCCCGUCAAGAUCAGCAGAGAUUGUCAGGAGUUGCCUGAAGAUAUUGGUGAAGCACUUUGUGAGCUCCUUGAUGCACAUAGCUGCGAUGAAGGGUUGCUGAAUAGCUCUUCUAAGGAUGAUUAUUCGACGAAAAGGUCUCGCGUAGAACCUCCAUCUUCCUCAGGAGACGAUGAGUAUAAUAACAAUAUGUGGGGACAUACACAGAUGCCUUACCCUCCUGCGGUCUACUCAAACCAGGAUGACCUCAGCAGAUUCCAUCUUGCACAGCAGAGAAGAUCAGGAUAUGGAGUAGUAGCCUCUGAAUAUCUUCAUACAUCAUCAGGUGCAUCUAACUCUCGUGUGGAGCAAGAACAUUCUUUACGUUUCAACUCAUGGGGUUUGCCUUUGGAGAGCCCUCUCGCUAGUUCUCUAACCGAUGAUGAUUUUCUUAACAUGUCUUAUGAAGAAUACCUUGAAGCCCACAGCAGAUGCAUGAAACAACUUGGUCUUCCUGUAAUUCCACAAUCACAGGCCACACAAGAGCCAUCAAGUAAAACAGAUAAUAAGCAAUGGUUCUUCGCAAGACCGGCCUUCAUCAAGAAAGAGAGGACGGCAUUCAUCAUAGGAUUCAACUUCAAACUCGGAACUCUACCACGAAGAUUUGGUGUCAUUUUGAGAGUAUGGUGA